GAUUUAUAUUUCAGCAGUCGUUGCGUCGUUCGAGCUGAGCAGAAAGGGAGCUUGUCAUCACCUAAGCCGCAAUGGGUAUCGAUCUUAAGGCUGGUGGUAAGAGCAAGAAAACCAAGAGAACUGCUCCUAAGUCCAAUGAUAUCUACCUCAAGCUCCUGGUUAAGCUUUAUCGCUUCCUGGUCCGGAGAACUGGUAGCAAUUUCAAUGCUGUGAUACUUAAGCGCUUGUUCAUGAGCAAGGUUAACAAGCCACCACUUUCUCUUUCAAGGUUGAUAAAAUUUAUGAAGGGAAAGGAAGAUAAGGUUGCUGUGAUUGUGGGUACUGUGACUGAUGAUAUCAGGGUUUAUGAAGUACCCGCAUUGAAAGUUACAGCACUCAGGUUCACAGAAACAGCACGAGCCAGGAUAGAAAAGGCUGGUGGUGAGUGCUUGACGUUUGAUCAGCUUGCUCUCAGGGCCCCGCUGGGACAGAACACGGUCCUUCUUAGGGGUCCAAAGAAUGCUCGUGAAGCUGUGAAGCAUUUUGGUCCUGCUCCUGGUGUGCCACAUAGCCACACCAAGCCUUAUGUGCGAUCAAAGGGAAGGAAGUUCGAGAGGGCCAGAGGAAGGAGGAACAGCAAAGGUUUUAGGGUUUGAGUUUAUCUUAGUUUAUUUUGGAUAAGGUGAUCCGUGACUCCCAAAGUUCACAUUUUUGCAAUAUCAUACGAGCUGAUGACAAAUUUGACUUUAUUUAGUUAUGGAUGACGUAUGAACUUUUUAUGCUUUGGUCUCCUAGAUUUCUUGUUCAGUGAGCGUAUUUUAAAAUUUUAUUUCCAGUGUUUCUAUGGAAUUUUUUUUAGAUGC